AUGGCCGCACCCGCAGACAUGACCACGAAGAACUACACUGGUGUCUGGCAGAUGAAUAAGAAGCUCGGCGUUGACUAUGAUGAGAUCCUAUCCGCGCAGGGCGUCGGCUUCAUGAAACGGAAGGCGAUGGGUGCAGCAACCCUUACGAUUACCCUGAAGAACUUUGUCGCCAACGGUGUUGAGCACCUUGAGGUCACGCAGAAAGCGACUGGUCUGAAUGGGAACACCGAGACCCGCGCGCUCGACUGGUCCGAGAAGGCCAACGACGGCCUUUUCGGACCCGUCAAGGCGCAGGCUCGCCGUGUUCGUUUGGACGAGCUCGAGCAGCCGUUUCUCAAGACUGGCUGGACUGCGGAUGCGGUUGAGCACGGCGUCAUACAGACCCGUACUACCAGUACCGGAGACAAGCACUGGGUCAUCGAUCAGAUCUGGGGCUUCGAGGACAUGCAGGGUGAACGCCGGUAUGUGCGCAAGAUCUACUUGAUCAACGAUGAUGGCAAGAAGCUCGAGAAGCGCCUGGUGUAUGAUUACAUGGGCCCUGUCGCAUAG